AUGGCACACUCGAACUCCACAUCUUCAAGCAAUAAGUUCCAAGGGAAGGUGGCCAUAAUCACCGGAGGAGCAAGUGGCAUGGGUGAGGCCACGGCGCGCCAAUUCGCCGCUCAUGGCGCACGAGCCAUUCUUGUCAAUACUUCACCGAUCAGUCACUUGACUCAAACAAAACAAAAUGGCAGACUCCACCUCUUCAAACAACAAGCUCCAAGCAAGGUGGCCAUUAUCACCGGAGGCGCAAGCAGCGUGGGCGAGGCCACGGCUCGCGAGUUCGUUACUCAUGGCGCACGAGCCAUCGUCAUCGCCGACAUCCAAGACGAGAAGGGCCAAAACGCCGUCGUGUCCAUCGGCUCCAAUGUAUGCACCUACGUACACUGCGAUGUCAGCGACGAGGAACAGGUCAAGAACUUAGUAGAGUCCACGGUUAAAGCAUACGGAUGCUUGGACAUCAUGUUUAGCAACGCAGGCGUGGGGAAAUCGACCCACGCGUGCGAUCAGACCAUGCUGGACAUGGACUUGUCGGCUUACGACAAGCUCAUGGUGGUGAACGCGCACGGAGCGGCGGUGUGUGUGAAGCACGCAGCGAGGGCGAUGGUGGAAGGGCACGUGAGGGGGAGCAUCGUUUGUACGGCGAGCAUAGGGGCGAGUGUUGGCACCGAGAAGUUGGUCGACUAUGUGAUGUCGAAGCACGCGGUGCUGGGGUUGGUGAGGUGCGCGAGCUUGAAGCUAGGCGUGUAUGGGAUACGCGUGAAUUGUGUUUCACCAGGACCAGUUGGGACGCCAAUGUUGAAGGACAUUUUGGGGUAUGAAAAUGAUGAGGAAGUGGAUAAGGUGGUAGAGUCGAGUUAUACUUUGAAAGGUGGGGUGGUGAGACCCAAAAAUGUGGCUGACGCUGUGGUGUUUCUUGCUUCUGAGGAUUCCCAGUUUGUCACUGGCCAUAAUUUGGUUGCGGAUGGUGGGAUUCCUAGAGUUUAGAAUUCGGCUAAGUAAUCCAUU